GCGCUCGCCUCGGAGCUGAGAGUUCGCCAGUGUGCACCAGUGAAGCGAGAGGAGCGCUUGUUGGAGUCAACUAGACAGCCUUCUGGCAACGAGUAGUGAUUUCGUUUUUUUCUGCCUCAACCAGGCUGGAUAUAGGCGACUGUGCUCCAGUUUGCUGCAGAUAAACAUGAAAUGCGUUUUGAACAUACAGUAGUGCUGUGACCAGGUUUCCUCCCACAGGCUUUUGGCUACAUUUUCAUCGGAUUUUUUUUUCUUUUUUUCUGUUGCAUGGACUAAUAAUCAGGAUAUGUGACGCCUUUUCCAACUGACACAGAAGGAAAUCAAUUAGUAAGUAAAAGCUUGAAGACUUACGGAGGGGACGAAAGACUAAAUCUGCUGGAAAUAAAAAGGUAAUCGGGACUUGAGUGAUGUGAUGAGACAUUCCUGCAAUUGCACCCCCUUUUUUUAAGCAAAGCUAUCCGGACUUAGGCUGUUGAAUAAUUUUGCGACUGCUGAUUCUUUAUUUUAUUUUAUUUUUUUCAUCAAUUGUGCAGUUUAAAAGCCUGUAGCUGUCUAUCGAUAAGGGAAUUUGAUCACUGCCUGUAUUAAAUUGCACAAAACAAGAUGUUUAUUCAAAAUGCGACUUAAAUAUUGACUGGGAUAAAGGCUGAAAAUCUAACACGGACUUUUAAGCUCCUUUACUUUAUCAACAAAGAAGAUUUUUUUUUUAAAUUGUGGACUUACUCAAAGGAAUUUUGUGUCUAUGCAGUCCGAACAUUUAUUUCUAGUUCCAGCCCACUUGAAAAUGGACGGUUCAUCGCACGAGUUCUGUGUAAGACCACUUUGCCGCUUGAUAAGAGCAGCACGGAUUUAUUCGACUAAAUCAGUACUGUGAGAAGAUUCAGCAUGUUUUCACAGAUCUGUCGUCCCCAGUGUUUCGUCCGCUGCAGUAGACCAGAGGAUGUUCCCUGCCUGUGGAGAGUGAAAUAGGCACUUGUUAGAAUUUUAGCUUCCACACCUAGAUAUCAUUUGCAUACAUACGAGAUUUUCAUCACUCAGACACUUUUUGGACAUUUUAAUGAGAUGGUUAAUUUGCAUAAUUUUCCCAGUUGUCUCUGACGUGUACCUCUGUGCGUAAUUAUCAAGGUCUUUGUUAGGCACAGGAAAAGUCAACAGGUACAAUGCAAACGAAGGAGAUGGAAUUAAUACAAUUAACUGCUGUGUUCCUCCUUUUUUGGGUCGGGACUGAAGCUGUUAUCAAUUUAAAGUAUGGAAUAAACGAGGAAAUGAGGGCCGGGUCAGUGAUAGGAAACGUGACAAACGACGCACUAAAGCAAGGAUUUCAGAUUGCACCGCAGCCCCCGUACUUGAGGGUCAUAUCCAAUUCACAUCCUGGAUAUGUUGAACUGAGUCCAGCAGGAAUUCUUACAGCCCAACAGAAAAUAGAUCGGGAUGUAUUUUGUCGACAAAACCCAAAGUGCAUUAUAUCCCUAGAAGUGAUGUCAAACUCUAUGGAGAUCUGUGUCAUCAAAGUUGAAAUUGAGGAUUUGAACGAUAACGCACCCAGAUUCCCUACGAGCCACAUUGACAUAGAAAUUUCUGAGAAUGCUUCCCCUGGUACCAGGUUUCCCCUAGAGGGGGCAAGCGAUCCGGACUCGGGGAUCUUUGGAGUGCAAUCAUAUUCUAUCACUCCAAAUGAGCUUUUCGGACUAGAAAUAAAGACCAGAGGGGAUGGGUCGAAAAUUGCUGAGCUUGUUGUGCAAAAAUCGUUAGACAGGGAAACUCAGUCCCACUAUACAUAUGAAAUCAGCGCAGAAGAUGGAGGAGACCCACCAAAGAUAGGUGCGGUCCAGUUAAAUAUUAAAGUAAUUGAUUCUAAUGACAACAACCCCGUUUUUGACGAGCCAGUGUAUACAGUUAACGUGAUGGAGAAUUCCCCCCGUAAUUCAUUAGUCAUAGACUUGAAUGCAACGGAUCCCGACGAAGGCACUAAUGGAGAGGUCUUGUACUCGUUCAACAGUUACGUCACCGAGAAAACGAGGGAUGCUUUCAAAAUUGACCCCAGAACCGGGGUUAUCACUGUCAUUGGUGAUUUGGAUUAUGAAACGACGCAAAUAUAUGAAAUCGACGUUCAAGCCAAAGAUCUAGGUCCAAACUCGAUCCCAGCUCACUGCAAAGUCACCGUGAAUGUGAUGGAUACUAACGAUAACCCACCUGUCAUCAGUUUACUCUCACUGAACACAGAGAUGGUGGAAGUUAGUGAGAACGCGCAGCGUGGAUAUGUCAUUGCGCUGGUGAGGGUGUCAGAUAAGGAUUCUGGGGCAAACGGCAAAGUGCAGUGCAGGCUGCAGGGCAAUGUUCCGUUCAGACUACAAGAAUAUGAGAGCUUUUCCACUAUACUUGUUGAUGGCAGGCUGGACAGAGAGCAAAAGGACACAUACAACCUGACCAUCCAAGCAGAGGACAGUGGCAUCCCCCCUUUACGCGCCACAAAGUCGUUGGUAGUAAAAGUCACAGAUGAAAACGACAACCCUCCCCACUUUCUUAAGCCACACUAUCAAGAGAUGGUGAUGGAAAACAACCUCCCUGGCUCAUGCCUGCUAACAGUAUCAGCUGAAGACCCUGAUCUAGGGAUGAAUGGCACAGUUUCAUACUCAAUCGUCCCUGGUGAGAUUAAGCACAUGGAUGUAAACACAUAUGUCAGCAUAAACCCAUCAGGCCGCAUUUAUUCAAUGAGGUCGUUUGAUCAUGAGUACACCAGGACUUUUGAUUUCAAAGUGCUGGCCAGAGACAACGGCAAUCCGUCUUUAUCAAGCAACGCAACAGUGCGCAUCGUCGUGUUGGAUGUCAACGACAACACACCUGUUAUGACAAACCCUCCGCUGGUUAAUGGCACAGCGGAAGUUUCUAUCCCGAGAAACGCUGCGAAGGGUUACAUGGUGACCCAAAUUAAAGCUGACGACUAUGAUGAGGGGGAGAACGGGCGGCUGACCUACACUAUCUCAGAGGGAGACAGGACUUUCUUUGAAAUCGACCAGGUGAACGGAGAGAUACGCUCCACCAAAAUGUUUGGAGAAAACGCCAAAUCCACCUACGAAAUCACAGUUGUGGCGAGGGAUCACGGCAAGCCCUCCCUGUCCUCUUCGGCCUAUAUAGUGGUGUACCUCUCUCCAGACCUCAGUGCGCAGGAGUCUAUAGGACCUGUCAACUUGUCUCUCAUCUUCAUCAUCGCCCUGGGCUCUAUCGCAGCUAUCCUGUUUAUCACCAUGAUUUUUGUGGCGGUCAAGUGCAAGAGGGAUAACAAGGAGAUCCGGACGUACAACUGCAGUUUCUUCUACUUGCGCAGGGUCGCGGAGUACUCAUACGGCAACCAGAAGAAGUCCAGCAAAAAGAAGAAGCUGAGCAAGAACGACAUCCGCCUGGUGCCCCGAGACGUCGAAGAGACAGACAAGAUGAAUGUGGUGAGUUGCUCAUCUCUCACCUCCUCGCUCAACUACUUCGACUACCACCAGCAGACCCUGCCGCUGGGCUGCAGGCGCUCUGAGAGCACCUUCCUCAACGUGGAGAACCAGAACUCACGCAAUGCAGCUCCCAACCAUGGCUAUCAGCACCCGUUCACAGGGCAGGGUCACCAGCAGCAGCCUGACCUCAUCAUCAACGGCAUGCCACUGCCAGAGACGGAGAAUUAUUCCAUUGACUCCAGUUAUGUGAACAGCAGAGCCCACCUCAUUAAAAGGUAUGUCUUGAUUAGGAAUUGUUACCAGCACCUCAUUACCAUUGUUAUCUGUAAUCGUUUUAUCUAAUGAGCGCACGGCUACUGUUACAGUCAUUUUCAUGUGUUCCUGCAUGUUCUUCAUUCUG